AUGCUGUCACCGGUAGUAGAUUUCUUGGGGCUCUUCGACCUAUCCCUCUUCAAUUUCUUGUCAACGAAGAUGGAUACGGGCCCCCAGCUCGACCCCAUGCUCCGCCGCAUUCCCAUUAUAGAGUGCGAUGUCAAUGUAUGUUGCCCUCUGUAUACGCUCCCCAAUGAGUUGCUCCAUCACAUCCUGAUGCUGCUCCCUACGAUGAGGCUGUUACCUUUAUACCGAAUUUCGAACCGGUUCCAUAGCCUAGUUGCUCGGAUCCUGCACCUGAGACUCCUCUCCGCAGCCCGCCUCCACAAUCACACUCUCCUUUUCGAAUGCUACCACCCGAGUGCCAAGCUGACCGAACCACAACUGUUUUGCUCGUACCAAGGAACAAUUGGUCUAGAUGUGGCCCUGGAACUUGAAGGAGAAGAGCAUGGAAAUCCAUAUUUGGCUGAUAUUGCCGAGUCGGGUUACCCACUUCAUAGCUUUGCAAACUUCCAUAAGUUAUAUUCAUCUUUCCGGCCACAUCUGCAGGGUCCGGACGCAGAUACACCAGCACGGUGGAGCAGACAUCAGGCAGGGGAUAUUCCUGGUUCUAGGACUUACUAUGAUGCUCCAGGUACAGCUGGCUCCGACCCAGAGCAGGAAAACACAAGUGUUUCGUCAGCAGAAGACCAAGCGAUAUCACACACUAUAUUCUUGGACAGCCACGAGCUAUUCACUCAGCUUUGUGCGGCAAUCAACCUUGUCAAGGUUGGUCCAAGGAAAAGUCUCUUCCUCAGCUUUGUUGAGGUCUCAGAGGGCGUCAUACGUGUCUGGCGGGACUGGCUCAGCACGAUGUCCUCCGGAAGCUUUAAUUCUGGGAUUCAAAUCCUGAACGAUCGAAAACGUCGUGAUAGUUCAGGCAGCAGGAAGUCCGUGGAAACCGCCGAGACCCGGUUCAAUUCCAUUUGCCAGGCACUUCAAGGUGACAAACGCAUGCUAUGGGUCGAUAAUGAUAUGAAUGUUGGUAUACGAGUCAGUGUCUGCGAGCGACAUCUGAGGCAGCAACAUCAAUUGCCGAUCCUUAUGGGAGUAAACGAAGUUCCCGUCAGCUAUGACAUCGCUUUUGAAGAGAUUCUCAUCCGGACCAGUCAUCUUUUGCAAACGGUUGAAAAGUCCAAUAUGUUACAAGAGAACCAAGCAAAGAAUGCUGUAAUCUUCGGGUCAUUUGGAUGA